AAUAAGAUAGACGUUUCAUCUUCGAAGUGCAGGAAGUGGAUACAUCACUACUGCUUUUUUCUCUGCUCUCAAAGUUUGAACCAUGAACCAAGACUCAGAGGCUGGGUUGGCAGGUCCCUCUGACGAUGCUUGUGACGAUGCUUGUGACGAUGCUUGUGAAGAUGAUUCACUGCCUAGUCGUCCUCCUGGACUCUCGGACUCUGAGGCAGUGGAGCUUUUGUGGCAGGUGCGAGCCCAGCGGCGCCAGUCUUCCCCAGAACUCCCUGAGACAGUCACCCGGCUGACCGCUUCCGAUGGCAGCCUGCUAUACCUGGUGGGCACCGCCCACUUCAGUGACAGCAGCAAGAAGGAUGUUGCCAUGACGAUUCGUGCCGUUCAGCCAGAUGUGGUGGUGGUGGAGCUGUGUCAAUAUAGGGUAUCCAUGCUGAAGAUGGACGAGAAGACGCUGCUCAAGGAGGCCAAGGAAAUCAACCUGGAUAAAGUGCGGCAGGCUAUCAAUCAGAAUGGAGUGAUGUCUGGCCUGAUGCAAAUCCUGCUGCUUAAAGUGUCUGCUCACAUCACAGAGCAGUUGGGCAUGGCCCCUGGAGGGGAGUUCAGAGAGGCCUUCAAAGAGGCGGGCAAGGUGCCCUUCUGCAAGUUCCACCUGGGGGACCGGCCCAUCCCUGUGACAUUCAAACGGGCCAUUGCUGCUCUGAGUCUGUGGCAGAAAGCCCGGCUGGCCUGGGGCCUUUGCUUCCUGUCAGACCCCAUCAGUAAGGAAGAUGUGGAGAAAUGCAAACAGAAGGACCUGCUGGAACAGACCAUGCUGGAGAUGAUCGGCGAGUUCCCCGCUCUCCACCAGACCAUCGUAGCGGAGCGAGACAUCUACCUCACGCACACACUUCGCCAGGCCGCGCGUUGUGUGGAGGCGUCGCCCAACGCUCAGAAAGUGCCUGCGGUGGUGGUGGGAGUUGUGGGGAUGGGUCAUGUCCCUGGCAUCGAGAGAAACUGGGAGAAGGAGCUCAACAUUCAGGACAUCAUGAGUGUCGCUCCUCCGUCUCGAUUUGGCUGGAUGCUGCGCACAGUGCUGAAGGCUGGGAUGAUUGGAAUGCUGGGAUACGCCUGCUACCGUGCAGGUGGGGGCGUGGGAAGGGCUCUUCUGUCCCUACCCACUGUCCAAUCACUACUGGAAAACAUGCGACCACUACCUCCAGUGGCGGCUUGACCACUCCAGCUUACCUGUACCUGUGACAUGAACGUUCCCCUCUAAUACGAAAACAAUGCAUUUACCACCAAUGGCCUUAUCAACAGGAGGCACGGUUAGGUCAAGGUUCACCUCCUAAUCUAUGAAGGGAGAUGGAUGUAAGGCGACCCUUUGACCUUGGCUUGCCCCCCCCAGUCUCCCCAGGGGCCUACUCCUCUCUCUGUCCCUGUGGAUCACAGGACUGUACUGCCAAAGGAAACAUGACAGUAACAUUAUUUUUCAUAAAGUUUAAAAAUGCUUGUCUUCUAUUUGUUUUACAUCUGCUGAGCGCCACAUUCUAAUUGACAUUACCUUGAAACUGGAACUUGAGGUUAUCCUGAAAAAUAGUCUUAUACAAAAAAAUAUAUACUGGGCUUAUGAGAUGUACCCCGUUAGUUGUAGCCCCACAAAAUUUCCUACCAUAAGUAGUGUGUAAUUCAGUAAACUAACCUUUUGAAAAGUCAAAAGGUAAAACAUUAACAAAAACAUAUGUAACUUACUACAUUGUUGUUUCUGACAUCUCUAUUCUGGGAACACAAUUUACCAUUCCUCAAGGCCAAAUUGAUCUGUGCUUAGCUUUACACACAACCAGCCACUGGUUAAUACAGACAGUACAGCCUGUUUAGAUAUUGUCUAGGCAACUCAAUUUUCCAAUGUUCUGUUAUUUAAAGAAAAGGUGUGACCCUGAACACUUAUUCCAUCCAUAAUUUAGGGCUAAUGUAGGAUAUGUUUUCAUAAGAGAGAUGCUGAGGAGUGCGGAGUCAAAUGUGCCUCAAAGCAAGCAAUGCAUUUUCAACGAGAACAUUUUGUAUUUGACUGUACUUGCAAUGAGGCACCUUCAACAUGUUUGCUACAAAAACAUAACUUGCCACUUUGAGUGGUGGUGGUUUAUACUGGACAUGGGGGAAAAUAUGCACUUUUUACAACAAGCCAUGAACUUUCUCUUUGUACCAGGACCUCUGACAUUUCAGGCAAAAUUCUUUAAAGAUGUGCAUGAUUAUAGUACAGCCGAAUUUUCAGUCGUUCCCUAGUCCAUAAUAAGGAACUGGGAAUGAGGAUUAUGUUGGUUGGGACUGGGAAUAUUUUGUUGGGGCUCAAGCCUUAUUCUGCGAUCACCGCUGCCUUUGACUUGGAGAUUGCCUGCCUCUGCUGCAGUUGUUGUGUUUUUUCCUGUCUUUCUGUUCUCUGUUGUUCUGUCUCUGUCCAUUCAUUCAUACUGUCUUUCUGGUUGGACCAGGUUGUGUGACACCCUCUGAUAAAUGAAUGUGGAUUCGGUUCCCUAAACAAGAAUGUUUACAGUAAUCUGAUAAAUGUGUUUGGGAGAUAAAGUCAUGGCACCUUUAAUUGGGGAGGACUGGCUCAUUAAUGGCUGAAACUGAAUGAAUGGAGUAGUGUGAAAUGUAUACAAGCCAUACUUUCAAACAUUAAGCAGCUUAACAUCAAGAUUUUCCAGCCAAAUAAUAUUUUCAAUUUAUUUUCACCUAUUUGUUGGCUUAAGAUGUAGCUCCCUUUUAAAACAUCCACAAUGUAGCAUAAGCAAAUUUUUUUGAAAACUUUGUCCCACAAUAGUUGAGGCAAUAACGUUUUGGUUAACAGUGGAGUUUUUCCUCAAGUAUUGCACGAAGGGGGAUUUGAAAUCACUCACUGAAUCUUUUUCAGGGAUUACUCUCUGCUAUUGUAGAUAUUAGCGUUCAUGUAUAAUCCUUAAUGUAUUGCGGUAGAAGCAAACCAUUGUGUGAUAAGUGAUGAGGAAAAUGUGGGAUAAUCUCAUACUAACUAAAGUUAGUAGUCGCUAGUAACUUAGUUAAGAAUUCAUCAAUGCAGUAUUGGCACCCGUUGGUUACACAGCAAAGCAGACUUGAAUUGUUGGGUUAAUUUACCUCUUAGUGGCUAAGGUUGACAUGUAAUGAAAUGCCAUUAGUUGGUGGAUAUGAAGUCUGGCUUUGAUAAACAAAUCAAGACUUUCCUGAGUGUUAUCACUACUAACCAGUUAUAUUAGCAUAGUGCUAGGGUGUGCCAGUUUAUCUGAUAGAACCAGCUACAAUCUUAACAUUCCAUUGUCAGAAUAAGUUACAUUGAAUUAAUUGGUUGAUCUGCAAAUUGAACUAGAUAAAUUGUUUGCAAGUAUGGUCUUGUGGUUUCCAUUCAAACCAUUAUGAUCCGUUCAACCUGCAUGAGGCUCCUGAGACAUUAAUCCAUACAAUGCAUUUUUUAUUUACUGUUCAAAUAUAUUGGGAACAAGUCUACUGCUUGUGACUUAAUCAAGGGUGUAUUUCUGGCUUCAGUUCUGAGCCAAUAACUAGACCACUGUCAGUAAAUUGUUGGGCGGUUUGCCAAAGAGGUUCUUUAUCAUCCUGUCAGUAUUUGUCCAGAUUGACAAGCGAAAACGCUGUAUUUGUGACACUGUCUUCACACCCUCACUCUAGUAUCGUUUCUGUAUUUCUGGUGACAUCAUUGUAAACAAGCCAAAUAUUGAACCCAAAAUUCUGUAUUGAACUAUACAACUUUUUAAUUAAAGAAUAUGUAUGUAUUUAUGCUUAUUUUAUCGGAAGUCUAAAUAAUUUACACAAUCAUAAAAAGAUCCCAUGGCAGCCCUCUCCAUUCAUAAAAUACUGCUUGUAAAACCGUUUUUUUUUUUUUUUUAUUUUUUUUUACAACAAAUAAUGUCCUUGUUCGUAUGAUGUUCUUUAGUCUCUAUCUGCUACCAGGAUCUUUUUGCUUCCACUAGGUUACAUGUGCAGAUACAUUCAAUGUGUUGUAUUGAAAAGCACUUUAUAAAUCGAAUAAAACACUUCCUACCUUG